AUGAGAAAUUACGGUUUUAUGCUUUGGGUAGCGUGCUUGAUCGGCAAUGCUAGCAGUACAUUGAGUCAUUUUGCCGAUGUCGACCAGUAUGGCCGGUGGCUUCCGGUUACCUCCUUGACUAAUUUCAAGUAUCGGUACCUCGUAAAUUUUAUCGCAGCGAAUCCCCAAUGUGGGACGCAGCUUGGAGCAGACACUACCGGAAUUCAGCAUCAAUUCGAAGGCGCGAAGGCUUCGUUAACCUGGAGUGGAGUAGACAGUCAGGGAGAGUACCAGAGCGUCAUUGUUGAGAACUUGAGCAAUCGCAAGAUAUCGUUCUUAUUGCAUAAUCCGAACACCAAAGACUUUUAUCAUUGGGACGAAUUGAAUCCAACGGUCAUGAGAGUGGUUGAGUUCAAAGCCCCUUACUCAGGAGAUAUCUCGUUUUGGAUAAAAGACUGGGUGGACAUAGUGCAUGUAUGA